CAGUGGACGGAGAACUGGAGAGCAAUGGUGGCCUGUGGAAAGGGGUUGGGCCCCGCGGUCGCCUCCCCGCCCUCUGUAGGACUCGGCCGCCGGGAAACCCGAGGGGCCGGUCCGGCCUCGCCCCUUGACCCUCGGCAGGCUGAGAGGGAGCGGCCCGGCGGCCCGGACGGAAAGCACCCUCAGCGACCCGUCCGCCGCGCACGGUCUUUACUAGGUCGGUGGCUUUAAGGACUCGCUUUGGUUUCUCCCCCGUGGACAUUGGGUGACCUGGGGCAGGGGAGGGUCAGCGUGGCAAGCAGGCCCUAAAUUGGCUGCGUCUUAGUCCACGGGGUCCCCAGGAGAUCUAGGUCUGGGACUUGGCUCACAGGAAGAGAGAGGAAGACGCGGAAAGGGAAGCGAGAGAGGCCGGAGGAACCCAGAGCCACCUGCUUCUAGGGGCCUGGAAGCAGAAAAUACCUUCCCACCCCCCUAGGACUGGUUUCCUCCACUGUGACACUUGUUCCCACACACCCCUCUCACCCCAACAAAGGAAUGCCAAGUGUUGUCACCUGACAAGCUUUUGAAUGCUUCAAUGCACUGGGUUGGUUUAGACCUACCAGUCCUCUACGAAUAAAUAAUGAAGUCAUUAUUCUUUAAUCAUCGGAUCUUUUAUGUGCAGAAAUACUGUUAAGGCUUCUGGAAUGGGGCAGGGAGGAGGGGGGACCUCCCUUCUGAGAUCACUGGGACCUGGUUGAAUGGGAGCUUGGCUGUCCUUGUUAAGUCUUUUUCUUGGUUAGCAAUUUGAAAGGAACAACCAUUGUUUUUCCUUUUGAACAAACUUUAUAGACUUCCAGGAAUUUGUUAGCAAUGUAAAUCUGUUACUGUUUUGAAGUCUUUUACUCCAAUGCCAAGCACACAAUUCAAAUAGAUUCAUCUGUUAAAAGGAAAAAGAUUUCUCAGCUCUAUAAUAGCUACUUGAGAGGCAGAGUAUCAAUAUUUGAGCCCAGGAAAAAAGUUAUACAUUAUCUCAAAGAACAGACUGGGUGUAGUGAGUGGCCUUCCAACUAGGAGGGAGGCAGAGUGCAGUCAGCUGAUGGCCUGAGCAAAAAGCAGGAAACCCCAAAAUGACUAAAGUGAAACUUAUGGAUGUCAUUGCUACAUGGUAGAACAUUUAGCUACCAAGUACUAGACCCUGAGUGCAAGUUCUUCUUAAAAUUUUUUUUUUAAAGCCAGGUACAGUGGCUCAGGCCUGUAAUCCUAGCUACUUGGGACAGGGUGGGGAAUCUCAUUCUGAGGCCUGCCAACCAUGGUAGAAGAUAGAUCAAGAGACUCUAUCUCCAUUAGUGGCUAGGUGUAGAGUCACCCACCGUUAUCCCAAGCUAUGAGUGAAAUUCAGUGGCUGGGCUCAUGGUACACACUUGUUAUUGCCAGGCACAAAGAGAAACACAGAUGGAAGGAUCACAGUCCAGAAUUCCAUUACAAUGGGGAACGUUUUUGAAAAGCUGUUUAAAAGUCUCUUUGGGAAAAAAGAGAUGCGGAUUCUCAUGGUGGGUUUGGACGCAGCAGGCAAGACCACCAUCUUGUAUAAACUGAAGUUGGGAGAGGUCGUGACCACCAUCCCUACCAUAGGUUUCAAUGUGGAGACUGUAGAAUAUAAAAACAUCAGCUUUACAGUCUGGGAUGUUGGUGGCCAGGACAAGAUCAGGCCUCUGUGGCGACAUUAUUUCCAGAAUACUCAAGGUCUGAUUUUUGUGGUUGACAGUAAUGACAGAGAACGGGUCAAUGAGGCCCGGGAAGAACUAACCAGAAUGUUGGCAGAAGAUGAGCUCCGAGAUGCAGUUUUAUUGGUGUUCGUAAAUAAACAGGAUCUUCCCAAUGCAAUGAACGCAGCAGAGAUAACGGACAAGCUCGGCUUACAUUCCCUUCGCCAGAGAAACUGGUACAUUCAGGCCACCUGUGCCACCAGUGGAGAUGGGCUUUACGAAGGCCUGGACUGGCUCUCCAACCAGCUCAAAAACCAGAAGUGAUGGGAAGCAAUCCAUUCCUUGUGCAUUGUGGCAAAACCAGCUGGCCUCUUCUGUGUGCGUGUGUGCGUGGGAAGAGCCGUGGGGCUGGGCGUGGGGGCAGCUUUCUCACACCGUGCCUUAUACAUACUUUAUAAGAAAAACCAGUAUUUUCAGCCAACCAGUGUUACAUUUUAAACACCACCCUCCAUUUCAGUAGCUUCAAUGACCAUUUUCGCAGAGGGCUCCCUGGUGUGUGACAACCAGAGGGCCUUCAGGGUUGAAAGGAAGAGAGCAGGAGCAUGAGAUCCUGAGCCUAGUGCUUUGCAUACCUGGAAUCCCAUUAGACUUUGGUGUCUAUUUGUAAAAACAGAGCAAUGGAUCAUCAGUUCUUUCCUAUUAUGCCAAAGCCAGCUGCUCACACCUUUUAGCGCUUUAAAGCAGGCUCCAGGAGAAAAGGUACUUGCUCGCUCCAGGUGGCAGAGGUUCACUCUGGAACCUUUCCCCUAAGGUCUGCUCCAGUCCAGGCCUCCUGGCUUAACAUGCUUUCGUUUGUCAAAGAAAUCUGUGAUCUUUUUCACUAGAGUAUCAAGACUGUAACACUAGGCCUUUCCUGCCCUGCCCAUACUUGCCACAUGGAGAUUCAGUGGAAGUGGGGUUGGGUAGAGGAAGCAAGGUGAGGUUGCUUUUGUGUUCUGACAUCACCAUCUCAGGCCUUAGGCCCCCUGAGACUGCUGCCUCCACUUCCCUCCUCUGUGCUGAAUGUUGAAGCAGGAAGCUCGCUGUAGCUCCUGGCUCCUGGGUGGAGUUGUAGUGGUGUACAGCUGUCUUAAGUCUACCUUAUGUUUUUGGCUAGUUUCUGGUCUCAGAACCACAUAACUGAGUUUGAGAGAUUCAACUGGUUAAUUUGGGGGCUGAAGUUCUUGGUAACCCCCUGAUAUUGCCUGGUAUCGUUGGUGCUAAAUGUUGCUAUGAAAAUCAUCUCUUGUCUAGACCACUCUCUGUGGUACCAACUCCUCCCUCAGAGGCAGGAACAUUGUCCUGUAAGUACUACUAGCAUGUGCUGGAGCUGAGCUAGUGUCUCAGCCUAGACAACUACUAGCCACUUGUUAAGCACUUCCUGCUUAACCUUUUAAAAUUCCUUUUGUUAAAAAACAAUAACUUGAUUCCAACUCUAGUAGAGGGGAACAUGAGGUGAAUUCCAGUGAAAGUAAACCUUGUUUAGUAAUUCCAGUGGAUAAUCCUAGGAAACAGUCUCAGGCCAUGACAAAUGAGGGCUGUGAUGUUUUUCUUUGAAGAUGUUAACUUGAAAGAAUGUUCAUGGCAGUCCUGGCAGCUAAGCAGAGGUUUGAGUUUUACCCACAGAGCACUUCCUGAGAACUGUUUAGCCUGUGUGUCUCCAGCUGCCAUCAUCUGUCUCUUACACUCGUGUAUUGAUGCUUAGUACAGUGCACCUGGCGUAGCACUGGGCUUCAUUAACACUUGCUGACUGAUUGCACAAUAAAGAAUUGCUUUGGAAGGA